CUCGACAUCGGCCCUUGCUUAACUGUGGCCCGGACGUGCUGCCCGUGUAUUCCUUACAUCCAAACUCGGGCACUUGGGGAGGAGCAUCUCAAGAUAGGAUUCUUGAGGUAUCGCAAAAUCCCUAGAAAGCCUCUUCCCCGCUUCAAUCGUCUUGGCCACCAGCGUGAAAUCAAUCAGUUCCAUCACUAACACGUCUCCAACGAUCCACUAUCAAUACACACCAUCAAUACCUGUCGACACUCCUCGAACCCAGCCAGACAAUAAUUCAGGAUCGAUCUAGCUCACGACUCCGAGGGCAUAUUGCCUCCUCCAACUGACUGUGGCUGGAUUUUGGAGCCAUGAACUUUUGUCCUGUCCUCGAUCCGAUUUGAAUUGGGUAUCUCGGUAGCCUUUCCCUGGAAAACGUCCUUUCUCUGCAGCAGCGCAUUUGUCCCGCCGUUCCAGUCAACGGCCCAAGAAAACGGAUCAUAUCUAUCGGUAGUAUCAAGAUUUUUACACAUGGAUCUCGAGCUCUCACACAUCCCGCGCGCUGUUGGCGCCGUGAUCCGCAUACUUGGUAUCACAGUGUGGACUCUACUUAGUCCAGUCAUCGGGCUGCUCCAUGGCUGUUUCUGGGUCCUGAAAGCAGUCCUCUGGUCGGUGUUCGUGGCGGCCCGCAUCCUCAUAUCGCCCUUGCUUGUCCCAUGGUACAUAACACAAUGGUGUUGGGAAACGGCUCUAGUUGUGUACGAGGAGUUUAGGCCGUUGCUCGUAUACUGGAGCUUCUCCAUCUAUAUCGGGGCCAUAACCGGCGUCCUCAUCGUUGUCCUGACCAACGUCCUCAUGGACGUACUGCACUAUUACAUACCCUGGCUGGCCCCAGCGCCUCAGCCUCAGCCCCAGCUUCAGCGCAAUCGCAGAGCAUCAGCUCACCGACCACGACAUUACAUCCCCGCUCCCCAGCGACACCCUCACGUGCCCAGGGGGCAAGAGGAGGAAGGCAGCAGCAACACCAAACACGCACGCAUCGCCAGCCCUACGUCAGGAUCGGAGUCGGACAAAGAGGAGGAGUCCUGGAAUGCCGAGGACGCGCUCAGCCGGUACAGCAUAACACCUCCGGCGGGUGCUAAGACUCCGUGGCGGAGGGGGACGCCCCCGGCUAAGGUCCGGGUCGAGCCUACGAUCCAUGAGGAGUCUUCUGGGUAA